UGGCUACCAAUCAAAAUUCACACUGACGACAUACAGUAGUAUCACAUCAUUGUUUCUUUGUAUAAAAUAAGAUAGAGAGUCGAAAAACUGCUUUAAAUCCAGACAACGUGUGCUCAAUCGAUUCGAAUAUUGUAUAUUUAAACGAAUCGAAAGUGUGUUUAUCGUGAAAAUAAACGGCAGUAAACAUAGACGAUCAUUUAAAUAAUGGGUCGAUCCAGGUCACGUAGUCGUACACCGAAAAGGCAUCAUAAAAGUAAACAUCGCAAAAAGAGCAAAUCAAAAGACAGAGAACGCGAUCGAUCCGAAAGACGUUCCAUUUCAAUUCUAUCACAUUCAAAAUAUACACGUGAUAGAAGCCAUGAACGAAGUCCACGGUCCAGAAAACGUUCUGUGUCUGUGUCUUCGAGGAGCAGCAGCGAUGACUCUCUGGACUUGCCAAAGCGACGGAAGAAGAGUGGCAGACGAAAAUUGGACGAAGUCGAACGUUUGGCCGAAAUGGAGCGACAAAGGAGACAGAAAGAAGUUGAACAGAAGACAGUAGAGGAGGAAACUGCCCGCCGGAUUGAGUUUCUGGUGAAAAAGCGUGUCGAAGAGGAGCUGGAAAAGCGAAAAGAUGAGAUUGAGCAAGAGGUAAAUCGGCGUGUGGAAGCGGCCAAAGCGCAAAUGGAACGCGAAAUGAUGCUUGAAUCAGAAAAACGGCGUGAGGCAGCUCGUUUAGAAGAGCUAAAACAACAGGAAAUGGAGCGGAAAAAACGUGAAGAGCUCGAACAAAUCAUCGCCGAAAAUAACAAGAAAAUCGAAGAGGCCCAAAAGAAAUUGGCCGAAGAGCAAUUGAGCAUAAUUGAAGAGCAGAGAAAGAUGGAUGAAACCAGACAAAAAAUGCGUAAAGAGCAUGAAAAGCGUGUAAAAGAAGAACAGAAAAUGAUAUUGGGUAAAAAUAAUUCGCGCCCAAAAUUGUCGUUUUCGUUAAAACCAACGGUUUCAUAAAGUGUACAAAUUAACCAAGAUAAACCAAAAAACAAAAACAAAACAAGAGUAAAAGAAAAAAAAACCAUUUCGAAAAAUACGUGAAUUGUUCGAAAAUUUUGUGAUUCUACUUAAGAAUUGUUGAAGAAAAAAAACGUAUUCAUCGAUUAAUAUGUGCACCCAAAAGUCAAAAAGUCUGUUGUCGUUGAAAAUUGAAAAUAAUUUGUGAAAAAAAAACCUGCAGACAGUUGAAAUGAAAGGAAUUUUAGGAAGCACAAAAACCACUCUUCGAGCAUUUGCCAUGCGACACAUAACCGCCUCCCCUAAACCUUAUGUACCCUUAUAGCAUAUAAACUAAAGUGAAGUAUACAUUCGAUUUGAUUAUGCCGUUUGAAAAUGAUAUGCAUGGAAAUUGUUGACCAAUUUUCCUGUAUAACUUUUUCAAUCGAUAUAAUUCCCUAUAAUCCAAAUGACUGUCGAUGAAAAACAAAACAAAACUAGAGCGAUUCAAUGUGGUUUUUUUAUGUGCUGAGACAAAGACAAGUGUUUUCGAAUCAAAUUUUUUCUUUCUCUAAUUUUCAAUUAUUUCCAAGCGUUAGUUUUAUUUAUUUCCAUACAUAAAUCUAAAUCAUUAAUUUCGAGAAAUGAAGACAAGAAAAAUAAACAAUCACACAUUCAUAAUCAUUGAACACUCAAUAAAAACGAAAGAGAAUAUAAUUAGCAA